AUGGCCAAACUCGGCCUUUGCUCCAACACAUCCAGCAGAUCAUGCAAGGACACUCCAAAAUUAGACUACUAUAAUAAGAUAGCCUCUCCCCAACGUAGAGCACAUUCGCCGAAUCAGGAUCAUCUUGCAUUGUCUUCGUGUGCUGCCUUGCCGGUCACACCAACGGUAUUCCUUGGUCCAUACACGGAUCAAUUAUGCGCAAGAGAUAACUCGGGCCAUGGGGCGGCAAUAGAUCACCUCUUCCAGCAUGGAGUCACUGUUCCGAACUUGACACGUCUGUUGAGCGGCGUCGAAGAGCAGGCUUCUGACAUGCGGGAGCUGAUCAAUAAGCUGUCAGGCAUUCACAUCGUCCCAUACCAUGUCUGCCUCCACGAAGCUUGCGAGGGCGAGGACUUAUGCGUGCCGCUCAGCGUGGCUCUACAGCUAGAGAAGGAGAUCCGCGGCCCAAUUCUGGAUUAUCAAAUGCCCAAACUUGUCGCAGAUUUGCCAAACGGUGGCGGAAAGCGCCUGACAUCUACAUCUGAGUCAUACACUGGUGGUGCUGCAAUUCAUGCAGCCCCAGGCCUCAGUGGUAUGAAAGGAUGGAAGAAGUUGAUGACCGCGAUCCAAAAGCCUGACAAGAGCAUGCCGAUGCUAGGGCGGAGGCACUGCGCAACUGGGUGUGGGAUGACGGGGGUUACAUGCCUCAUGGGCAUUGAAUCCUAUCCACUAUUCGUGCGUCUGUGUACAUGA